GGCACUGCCAUCAUUUUCAAGAAUGAAAUUUCAACUUUUGAUUAUCCUAAUCAAAUUAUAAGCAAAGGAAACCAGGUGGAGAUUCCCUUCAGUUGUGCUUAUCCAAAUACGGGUCAAGUGUCUGCUUCAUUUAGCCCUCACAAGUCUGACUACAAAUUCUCUGAAGCCGGCUUUGGGACCUUCACCUUUUUGUUUGAGUUUUUUAUGACAGCAGCGAUUUCACAAGCAUCAUCAACCCCAGCGAGUACCCAGUUAAGGUGGAACUCGGGCAGAUGUUGUACAUUGGCAUCAGUGUGCAGUCAUCACUGGAGAACAUUAAGCUGUUUGUCGACACAUGCCAGAGUACGCCACAUGAUGACCCCAAUGACUCCAUCUAUUAUGACAUCAUUUCAAAUGGGUGUGUUAAAGAUGACAGUGUAAAAAUCUUUCCCACCAAUCAGACUCAAUUUAACUUUGGACUGACAGCCUACAGUUUUAUUGGAAGUUACCCCCAGGUGUUCAUCACCUGUAGUGUCAUUCUGUGUGAAGCUGACAGUCUAGACACCCGAUGCUCUCAGGACUGCAUUGACAGCACAAAUGGCACAGGCAGGGUGAGGAGGUCGAUGUCUUUGGAGAGCCAGAAACACUUCAUUUCCCAAGGACCCCUCUACCUUGCUGGGAAGACUCAAAACAAUAACAAUUUAGAGCAGAAUCUGAAUCUGAAUACUGUGGUUAUGUCAGUGGCAUUGAUUGUAGCAGUGGUUAUUUUUGCUGGUGCCCUGGUUUACAAAGCGAAAAUGUCAAAGGUGGUCAGAUAUGAAAGCCUUCCUUCAUCGGGUUUUUGAAUAUCUUGACAAUGGCAUCUCA